AUGGGCGCAAGCGCUAGUGACCUUGAUCGAACUAGUCUCGCCAAGGUGUCCUGGUCGCUGACGCAGCAUGAGAGCAACAAUCCUUGGUGCAACUACCUCAUGUCGCGCUAUGGUUUCGGCUACUCCGUUACCGGGGUGGCAGCCUCGCUGGCGCUGCCAAGGCUCAUGAGGAAGCGGUUGCAGGACUGGAAGGUGGAUUCCUUCAGCUUUCACUUCGGUGAGAAUUUCCUCUCUUUUGGCCGGAACCUGCGAUCGAUGUCGCGGGAGAGCUCUGUGAUGUUCUACGGCGUGGACAUGAAGUUCGGCAACCAUGAGCCAAGCUGGUUCUACUGCAAGGUUUCCGAAUGGUUGCUCCAGCUCCACAAAGCGAUUCUGGAGCCCCUGAGCGACCAUCUCCGAGAUUCGGCAGGACGUCCCCAGGAUGCCCGGUUUCCGGGUCGCGCUUACUUUCUUGGUGACGAGCCGCCCCCGGCUGCUGUAGCUGCCAACCGGGCGCGCGAGGCGAAGAUGUCGGAGAGAUCCGCCACAGGAGAGACAGCGACGGCUGAGAGUGGCCCCAAAGAGACGACCGCAGCGGAACCAGAUGAUGUUCGAAACUCAGCCGAUUCCGCCGGCGAAGCGCCUGGUCAUCCUGAACCCUGGGAAUCGGAGGCCUUCUUCACACAUCAGCUGUCAGUCUUCCUGGGCAACGCUGAUGGACAGAUUGGGUUGCUUACUUUGCCCGUGCCUAUGGACCAGGUGGAGCGCCUCCAGGAGGUCUUGCAGAUCUGGGAGCAAGAGAGUGAGAGGCCCUGCUAUCGGGGCGGUCAGUGGUGGAGAUCUGCGCAGGACUUCCUUCAACUGCGCGAAGAAACGGUCAACUUGCCAGAUCUUCUUCUGCUCGCCCUGGAGCCCGAGACGGCCAUGUCUCUGACCCCGGAUUGGACCUGGGAGAAGUACCCACGUGGCUAUGGGGAGGUCGCUGUUCCGCAUCAACCUCCUGCAGAAGAAGGCGAUCUUCAUGAAACCUCCGGUGGGAGUUCGCCCUCCAGUCAGGAAGCGAGUCACCCCUGA